GAGCUCUAGCAGGCAACAGACAUCCAUUCCCCAGGACCAGGGCAGACUGGUGGAGCCUUCUCCCGGCCAGGACUUCAGCACCCUAGACAGCUCCUACUCUCCCUAAAGGCAGCCCAGCCUCAAGGAAACAGCCCAGGAGGCACCGAGAUGGAAGCCAGAAGCAAGCCCCAGUUCUUGGUGCUCCUGAUGCUCUUCAGUGUGCUGUCUUCUCAGUCCCUGGCCUGGCCUCUCUUUGGACCACCUUCUGCUGGGAGGUUGGAUGACAGGAUGCAGUUUGAAGGAGCAAGUGAUCCUGAUCAAGUCUCAUUAAAAGCAGACACUGACAUCUUGCAGAAUGCCUUAGCGGAAAACGACACACCCUAUUAUGAUGUUUCCAGAAACACCAGGCAUGCUGAUGGAGUUUUCACCAGCGACUACAGUAGACUUCUGGGUCAGAUCUCUGCCAAAAAAUACCUUGAGUCACUCAUUGGAAAACGAAUCAGCAGUAACAUCUCAGAAGACCCUGUGCCAAUCAAACGACACUCGGAUGCAGUCUUCACGGAUAACUACACCCGCCUCAGGAAACAAAUGGCAGUAAAGAAAUACUUGAACUCCAUUCUGAAUGGAAAGCGGAGCAGUGAGGGAGACUCUCCAGACUUCCCUGAAGAGCUAGAAAAAUGAUGAAGAGGCUCCUUUGGGGAGAGCUGAAGAUCAGAGAAUUCAUGAAGGAAAACAACGAAGUGACUACAUUAUGAGUUUUACAUAUCUAAUUCAAGAGAACAACUUCCAUAGCAAAACCAAAUAAAGUGUGUUGUGAAUAUUGUGAUUUCCUUUAUGUAAUAACUGUGAUGUUUACAUUGUAAAUAUUAUUUGAGCAUUCUAAAAUUCAUCCUUAGCUCAUGAAAGGCUUGUAAUUUCAUAUGCUAUAUAUUCUUUAAAGGAAAAAUAUAUUUAAUGAUAAGUGGACUCUAGAUUCAUUGCAAUUAUUUGAAGCUUUCUGCAAGGGUAGCAAUAGAGGAAAAUUGAUGUGUUUAUUUAUAGCAAGUAGUUAACCAUUCAAAAGCGCAGAACAGAUCAUCAGUGUGACUAAGUCGGAAUGUUAAACAGAUAGGCUGCUGUGGAAAAUAAAGCAAAAUAUCUAAGGGGAAUAACAAAAAGAAGGAUAAAAACCAGAUACCAUAAGAAGGACUUUCAGAAUUGCAUUUCUGCAGUGAUAGGUCCUCCAUCUCUAAAGGACUGGGUUCUCUGACCAGAAUUUAUAUCCCUAAAGGCUACAAUUAAGAAAAGCCCAGCAUCAGCUCUGAAGUUUCCCCUUUUGUCUUGGCUUACGGACAUGUAAAUUAGAAGCUGAAUGGAGUCAUUGACUUCACGAAUACUUUGCACAUAGUCCCUCGCAAUAUUUCAUCUUGUUGGCUUCCUUUGCUGAAAGUACAUUUGUAGACACAACUAUUUUUCCAAUGUGAUUGUAUGAAAUUAAAGACAGGAAUAAAGGUCUUUGGUUAUCAUUGCAAA